AGCUGAACAGGCCGUCGAUACAUGUAUUCAAAUACAGAUGUCAGUCUCAAAAGACAUGGGAGAUUGUAAUCACAAGGGCGCGCCACUGCCACAAGGAAGGGACACCUAAGCAGAUAAGACUGCACUCGCCUAGUUAUAAAACUACCGUGUUUUUAUUUGACUCGUUUUGUUUUGACAGAAAGUUACAUUCUCAUAAUACAUCGUAACAAUUGUAAUUCUUCGCUCGGACUUCUAAGAGCAGAUCUUAACUAUAUAGCUGUCCAGAUGGGGUGCAGAUGCUGUCGGAUGAUAAAAAGCUACAUAUUUGAUCCAGUUCCAGUAGAAGUGCAUGGACGGACAAGUGAUGCAUCCAGGUCUGUUUACUCACAACAGGAGAAACCGGUGGGGACAGACAAUUACAUAAUAGGGCAAAAGUUCAACAAGCUGGACUUGAACAAUCAGAAGACUUUAGCACAGAAACAAAGAGUAGAAAAUAUUGAAAAUGACAAAAAUCAGAUCAACAGGACAUGCUUCCCAUCUGCAGAGAAGAAAUGUGGACUUGGGGAGAACAAAGAAGAGUUAAAAGUGGAAACUAAUGGACUCUAUAUUUUGGAGAAUGAGCAAACUCAAAAGAAAUGUGCAACGCCAAAUAAUGAAGGGGUUAGUGACACCUCAUCCAGCCCAUUGAACAAUUCUUUAGUGGAUAAUUACAUAGCUGCCCCCUCCCAAAACAGUAGUGUGGUAAAAGUAUGUGAAGAACAAACUGAAGCUACACCAAAAACAGAAGAUAUAGCCAUUUCAAAUGGAAAACAACCCUCUUUAUUGAAUGACUGCCAACCUGAAGUAAACACCCCUACAAUACAGACAUGCGAGAGCCUUGAAAAUGACUAUGUACAUGUAGAUGUUACAGACAGUGCUUCAGUCGAUGGAGUAGAUGCCAAUAUAACUAUUUUAAACAAUGCUGAAGCGGUUAACCUUAGUAAUGCAAGUAUCUCCCUGGCAGAUAUGAAAGAAUGUGUUUCCCAGCAAGCUGACGUGGAUGAACUAAAUGACAGAAUCUCUCCAUUAGAAAGAGGGGAGCCGGAUACUAAAUCUGAAGACAGCAGUAGUUCCAUAGACAACUUUGAGAUUUUUGAUGACCUUGAAGUGGCCGAGGCCCUUGCAGCUCUAGAAGCUGCUACAGCGGGAGAGGAUGAGGAGUAGCCUUUUACACAAUACACCACCUCACUCUUCAGAACACUGCCAGCGGGAGUCACAGCAACGCAUUUGUCAAGAUGUAAGCUGGAAGGAAAAAGACUUCUGUGGUUCGAUGCCAAAAUGUGGUAGCUUUCUGUAAAUGGACAUAAAAGGAUGAAGUAUAGCAAAUACCAAGCUUUUCCUUCAUUUUGAUUAUGCCCUUAUUUAUGCAACUACAGUCUAUUAUAAAACAAAGGUCAAGUUUUUCUAAAAUUUGUAUACUCCCAAAUUCAUUUGCAUAUAUAUAUAUAUAUAUAAAAUAUAAUUUUUUUCAGAUAGUAAAAACACACCCAAUAAAGUUAUCAUAUGAGAAGUAAACAACUCGGACAUUUAUUUUCAGGGCCUGUAAGUAGGCUGAAGUAGUUUCUUAUUCAUUUCAUAAUUUUAAAUGGUGUCUUUUUUUUCACUUUAUGACAAAAAUAACGCAGACAAUUUGCAGUGAGAAUACAGCCCAAAGUCUUAGACAGGGUGAUUGUUGGUGCUUGUAUGGAAUUCUGGUUAUACAUGUUUGAAAGGUGUAAAUGUUUUUGCCAAAACAAAGCUGACGAAAACCUGCAGGGAAUGUGAAGCCUUUGCAUGCUUUGCCAACUUCUCCUGCAAGUGGAUCUUGUUAUGCAAGAAACGUAGCCUGAAUUUGUGCAGCCUAGUAUAAACAAAGCUAAUACAAUACCAAGAAAGCACCAUUCGGGUUAUCGCACUGAUCACCCAAAGAUGUCUGCUAUACAACUGUGGCCAACAGUUUUACAUCACCACAAACACCAAACACUAUAUGAACAUUAUUUUACAUUAUGUAAUCAAAGAAACUACACAAUGAUAUUGCAAAAGUCUACCGGAAGCCAUAAUAAUAGUACAGUAUUUCAUGUUUGUUUUUUGUUAAAUAUAUGGAACACUACAAAGCGGAAUGUAAUGCAAUAUGUUAAUGUAACAUUAUUCAGCAGGUUUCAUUCGACUUUAUGAAGCAAAAUUUGAUAAUAAUAUAGGGGGAUCUUUUGGCCAUAGCUGUAUGUAAAUUAUAAGACUCUAUAUAUAUAUAUAUAUAUAUAUAUAUAUAUAUAUAUAUAUAUAUAUUCGGACACUGCUGGUGCCAGUGUUUGCGCUUUUCAAUUAUGAGUGUGCUUCACUUUUUUUUAUUAUUAUUAUUAUUAUUAUUAUUAUUAUUAUUAUUAUUAUUAUUUUGAAUUUUAAAAAGUAUUUUGUAGGUGUCAAAACAUACCUUUUUAAUGGGAAUUUAAAUCGCCACUACACUAAGAUAUUUGCAUUCUUUAUCUAUUCUUUAAAAAAUUAAGUACAAAUGUAAUAUAUAACUCCCCCCCCCCCCCCAUCAGUAUCACUUGGUAAAAACCUAGGGGCCAAGCUCACAAAGAAUGUGCCACUGUGCUAAAUGUGCCUGAUAGAAACUUAAUGCCCUGCUGUGUAGCAGAAGUUUUAUUUAGCUUUUAAACAUAGUUUUCUUUUUAGGUAAAAUUAAUUCUGUUUUAACUUAGCAUGGUGGUAAAUUCUUUGUCAAUAAGACCCCUUAGGUAUGAUUUGCUAUCUUGCAGGUGUGAGAUCUGCAGAUCGAGUGACACAUGUCUGGUCAGAUUCUCUGACAGUUUCAGUGAAACAUUUCUAAAAUGAAGAGAACCCGUUGAACUUCUAUGACUCACACAUGAUCUUAUUUAUUCAUUUUAUAACUCCAGUUGUUUCAAGGUAGGGUCCAAUCUAAUGCUCCUUGCCUAAAGAGCCACUCUGUCCUGUGAUCAGUCGUCUGUCCCAGUCGUCUGUCCUGUGAUCAGUGCAACGCUGUUUUUCUGGAUAACAAUUUCAAAGAUGUGCAAGAAUAAAACCAAUGCUGUGCCUUCACAUAGGUUGACCCUGUGCACGCUACAAAAUCAGCCAAUGAAGUUCUGUGUGUAAAGCGUUUUAUAUGAAUAGAAAUAAAGGUCUGCUUGGAAUGUGUUGAAUGUUUUUUUUUCUUUGUUGGUAAGAAUGGAUCUAUUAUUUUUUUUUUUUUACAUUGAUACUACUGAGAAAAGAAGAUGUACAAUAUGUUACCUUUUUUUGUAAAUGUUGAUCUCUAUAUUAUAUAAAAUCUCUAUAAAAAGUGUAUAUAUUUUAUCAUUAAAUGUUUUUAAAUGAACUGGGUAAUUAAAUGUACAGAAUAAAUUGUUUCUUGUA